GAGGUAGCAGCCAGCAGAGAGGGAGAGCCAGAGGCAGAGAGCGGCCAGCGUUCCAGUCAACCACCGCUUCGUUCACUCCCACCCCCACACCGCUCGCCCCCUUCCCGAUUCCCAUCUUCUCCGAGCUUCUCACCUCACGUCUAUAAAUAAGGCGCCCGCGGCGCCCAUCAAUUCGCGUCACCGCGUCCCGAGAGCGCGAAUCAUUCCGCGCGCCGUAAAACCCUAGCCCAGCAACCGAUCUCCUCUCAUGGCGGCCACCACCAGCCAGGCGAGCCUCCUCCUGCAGAAGCAGCUCAGAGAUCUCGCCAAGCACCCGGUGGAUGGGUUCUCGGCUGGGCUGGUCGACGACAGCAAUGUUUUCGAGUGGCAGGUCACCAUCAUCGGCCCGCCUGACACCCUAUAUGAUGGAGGGUACUUUAACGCGAUAAUGAGCUUCCCACAAAAUUACCCAAACAACCCGCCGUCAGUCAGAUUUACCUCUGAAAUGUGGCAUCCAAAUGUGUACCCAGAUGGUAGGGUGUGUAUUUCUAUUCUUCAUCCACCUGGUGAAGAUCCCAACGGCUAUGAGCUCGCGAGUGAGCGUUGGACACCUGUGCACACAGUUGAAAGUAUAGUUCUGAGCAUUAUUUCUAUGCUCUCUAGUCCAAAUGAUGAGUCUCCAGCAAAUAUUGAGGCAGCUAAGGAAUGGAGGGAGAAGAGGGAGGACUUCAAGAAAAAGGUUAGGCGCAUUGUCCGUAAAUCACAGGAAAUGCUCUGAAGAAAGUAAGUGUAAUGCGGAAGCUAACCGUGCAAUGCCAGGCUGCAAGAUUUUGUUGUCGAGCUCCCAAAUGUUCAUUUGAUACCAGCGUCUUGUAUAUAUUCCAUUUAGCGUCCGACCAUCAGUGAUAGUUGUUGUCACCAGAAAUGCACUGGGACGUGUCGGUUUGGUUGUAUCAUGUGGCAUGGGCUACCAAUGUUGAUAAACUUGAAAUGCUGCAAUUUAUCAUAACUUUGGUGGUAAACCUGGUAUAAACAGACGCCAUUCAUGUCA